GGGAAAACCCUUCGUUCAGUUUCGUCUCUCUCGAUCUCUGUUAGUUUUGCCCUAAUUGCGAAAUCGCUGGUGCUGUGGUGUCGAGAAUUUUCUGUAUUUUGUUUCUCUGCACCUCCCAUACCCAGCUAGAUUGUACGCCAAUCUUAUCCCAUUCCCAGACGAUAACUUCGUUUAUCGUCUCUGUCAAGGCUGGGACAUUUUUACCUCGAUAAUUAGUUUGUUUUCUUAUGGAAUGUUGCAGAUUGUUGGGUCUGUAAUGGAUGAUGGAGGCUUAGCCGGUUUGAAUUUAAUUUGAUUGAUAAUCGUUUUCGCGAGCAAUUUGGUGCUACCAGACUUAGUCAUGUGUCAUCUCAAACUUUAAUGGUUUGAUACAGUUACGAGUCUGGAAAAUUGACGGAGUCCAUCGUUACAGAUGUUUGUACCAUUUUUAGCUCACAUCUGCUCCAUUUGGUCUCUACAUGAUAGUAUUGUUCGAAUUACUCCAGUUUCUCGAGAUUACGAUUUUCCUUUCUAGGGUCAAAUAUUUUAUGGAAUUCUUCAUUUAUCUACUAAUUCAUUUCUGCGAAAAUUUGGGUCAAACGGCUGUGGAACUUCAAAAUCCUAAUUCUUUUGUUUUUGCAACGACUUAAUGUUCUUGAUUUACAGCUGUUCUUAAAACGGAGAUGAUUAAUGCAUCGUAAAGUUGUGGUAUCCACAUCUAAGUUGCUUCCCACGUCGAUGGCUUUAGAAUUGGUUAACCAAGAAUUUCUGGGCUGAAAGAGAUUACAAUUUGUGGGGCUGCUUAAUACUUCAGAUCAGUUGUAACUAUGGACCUUUGGAAUAAUAUUACACUUGGAUUGGUGCAAUUUGGAGCUACUUAAACAAAGAUUAAUGGCAUCUUGUGAACUUAUAGACCUUUUCUGGCAAGAAUUGAAGAACAUAUGGACCUUAUGCAGGCAAGAAUUGAAGAUUUACUUGUGAACCUGAAGUUCUGUAGAUUUUAGGAGAUUUAGAGGUUGAAGCAGGUUGUGGCAGAGGUUUCUUCUCUGUACCUUACUGAACACAACAGUCGCCCAUAUAGCCUCCAUAUUCCCUUUCUUCUUCUUUCUUCAGAAUCGACCUGGAACAAAAUCGUCCUCUAUUGACUAAGCAUUAUGUUAUACAUUAUCCCAUCUUUCAAACCGUUGACCAACAUUUUAUUUGUAUUUGUGAUGUGCUUUGGGUUUGACAAGAGAUUAGAGAUGAAAGGGAUGUGGCUAAUAAUUUGUGAAUGUAUCGAUUCGAUGAUUUUUUCAACUUCUCCAAUUUAACAGUUUUUUAUUAGUGGGAAAAGACCAUUUGAAUAAGUAUACAACCAUUUAACAAAAUUUUGAAGGAGUAUUUCAAAGGACAUGCGGAUGGAGCAGUUCUGAUUGGUGUGAUGUAUUAAUCUGACUUUAGGCUGGUAAUGCUUGUCAUUACGUUUCUUAGUCUUCAUCACUCGGUGUAUAAUUCCAAAGAAAUCCAGAUUUCAUGCCAAGCCCGUUGAAUUGGAUGCCGCCACUCUGGCCUGUCCGGCAUGUGAUUUGUAGCCGACACCCUCAGAUUAUUAUUGUUAUUCCUUUGUACUUUUUAGUGAAAAGUUUGGAGACUAAAUCAAACACUUGAUGUACACACCGAAGGUUAUACGGCGAAAUGGUAUUAUUUACAUUGAAAAGGAAAAAAGAGAGAUUUACAUUGGCGUUGAAUAAAGCUCUUCCACUUUUUCGAAUGAUUUGAUUGGAAAUAGACAAAUGUGUUUGUGGUGGCACACUACAGCUUGGAUUCAGGGUCCCAUGUGAUCUUAUUUCGCCCAAUCUAUUGACUCUGUCCCUUCCGAUCAUUUCUCCUGUAAUGUGCCUACUUAAACGCUCCCAAAUUCCACUUCCAUUGCACAACCCAUAACACAAUGGCGAAAUCUCUACUACCCCAUCUCUCCGUUUUCCUCUUCCUUUUCAUCACUGCAACUGCAUCGGCUUCAGACUGGAACAUUCUGAGCCAGAGGUCCAGAAAUGGCCUCAAAAUCAGCCUUAAAAACUACUGCGAAAGCUGGAGAUUGAACGUCGAGCUUCACAACAUCCGAUUCUUCCAUGUGGUGCCUGAGGAAUGCGUUAGCUACAUUGGCAAAUACGUUACCUCCACUCAGUACAAAGUUGAUUCCGAGAGGACGAUCGAGGAGUGCAUCGUGUACCUUACCAAGGGCUGUGCCCUUAAAGGUGAUGGCACUGAUGCUUGGAUCUUCGACAUCGAUGAUACCCUCAUCUCCACUGUCCCCUAUUACAAGAAGAAUCAAUUUGGGGGGAAGAAAUUGAACCUGACGGAUUUGGAGGCGUGGAUGAGCAAGGCCAAAGCACCACUUUUGGAUCACUCAUUGAGGCUUUUCAAUCUGCUGAAAGCGAGAGGAGUGGACAUCAUUUUGAUAUCCGCGAGACGGGAAAAUCUCAGAUCUGCCACCAUUGAGAAUCUUGUUCAAGUGGGCUACCAUGGAUGGACCAAUCUCAUCUUAAGGAGCCCUGAAGAUGAGAAGAAGGAAGUGGAGCAAUACAAGGCAGAUGUGAGAAGGCGAUUGGUGAAUGGAGGGUACAACAUUUGGGGGAAUGUGGGAGAUCAAUAUAGCAGCAUUGAAGGAAAGCCAAGGGGAAGAAGAACAUUCAAGCUUCCAAAUCCAAUGUAUUAUGUUUAUUAAGCAAUGCAAUUUCGACUUGCUUUUGGCUUUUUAAACCGUUUCUUUUGGUCGGGAAGGAUUGAUCUACACAGACAGAGGGAAGGAUGUGACAUGUGUGAUGAAUAAGCUUAGCUUGCUAUUUACUUGUCUGUUAAAGCUGUAAUCUCGUAUUUGGAACUUGUUUUGAUCAUUUCUUAAUCAGAAAGAAGUCCUUGUGAUCAUCUC